CAUGGAGUACAGCAAAUAGCCUGAUUCACUCUGCAUUUCAAGCCCUCAUUCACUUUUUUGGACAUUUUUGUAUUCCGGACACAAAUGAUGAACUGUCCCGCGUAGAUGUCAGUCUACAGGACUCACUCACGUACGUUUGACACAUUUCCAAAAAUCGUCCGAAAGCAAAGUGUUUACUAGCUUACUUAAAGGUUACAACAACCGUGCUAAAAAGCAGUUAACUGCACAACUGUUGAAACUCUCCAAAACUACCGGUUUCCUCAAAAACGCGGUGUCUUCUCGUCUGUUUCAAUAACCGGAGGAAGAUUUGAAUCCUCGACAGUUUCGGUGAGAGUAAUUAGCAAGUUGUUGACCGGCGGGGUUAUCGGGUGAAAGGUGACAUCGCUUUCAGUCUGUUGACUCGUAGAAUGCACAAUGCGGCGAGUGUCUCAGCCUCUUUGGGGUCCGUGGGACUCUUGCGUCUCUUCGGGGUGUCCUGGUCCUGGAGUCUGGCAGCGGGCCUUGGGGUUUAUCUGGGCACACGGAGCUGGAAAUACUUCUACAUCGCAGCACGCACAGCCAAGAGAGACCUCAAUGGCCUGUAUGUGCUGUUGAGAGUGAAGCUGGAUUUGUGGCGCUACAUGCGCAAUGGAAGUAACAUUCCUUCCAUUUUCACCCAGACGGUAAAACAUUACCCAAAUAAACCAGCACUGAUCUAUGAGGCCACAGGGGAAACAUGGACGUUCACCCAGCUGGACGAGCUGUCUAACGCGGUGGCCCACUGGGCAAGAGGUCAGGGGUGGGUCUCGGGGGAUGUGGUGGCCCUCUUUAUGGAAAGCAGGCCGUUGCAGGUGGCGCUUUGGCUGGGCUUGGCCAAGGUCGGGGUGGAAGCUGCACUCAUUAACUUCAACCUCCGCCAUGACUCCCUGCUGCACUGUAUCGGCGCGUCGGGAUCUCGGGCUGUUGUGUUUGGAGCUGAGCUUGCUGACGCCAUGUUGGAGGUCAGUUCCUCCUUCAGCCAGUCGAUGGUACGGUUUAGUACAGGUGACCUCAGUGCAGAACAUCUGGCCCGACUGAGUGCACAAUCCCUGGACCCAAUUCUAGCCUCUUCACCUCGACAUGCCCCUGCACCGUGUGUUCCCCCCAAAGGCAUGAACGACCGUCUAUUUUAUAUUUACACCUCCGGCACAACAGGACUGCCCAAGGCUGCCAUUGUGGUACACAGUCGUUACUACAGAAUUGCUGCUUUUGGGUAUUUCGCCUUUCGCAUGAACCCUGCUGACAUCAUCUAUGACUGUCUGCCUCUCUAUCACUCAGCAGGUAAUAUCAUGGGAGUCGGUCAGUGUCUGAUCCACGGCCUCACUGUAGUAGUAAAGAAGAAAUUCUCUGCCAGCCGCUUCUGGGAAGAUUGCAUUAAGUACAACUGCACUGUGGUGCAGUAUAUCGGGGAAAUCUGUCGCUACCUCCUCUCUCAGCCAGUGCGGCCAUCAGAAAAAGGCCACAAAGUUCGUCUGGCAGUGGGAAACGGCUUGCGCCCCAGUGUGUGGGAGGCCUUCACAGAGCGUUUUGGCGUGGCGCAGAUUGGCGAGUUCUACGGAGCAACUGAGUGCAACUGCAGCAUUGCCAACAUGGAUGGCAAGGUUGGAGCAUGUGGGUUCAACAGUCGCAUCCUCCCCAACGUGUACCCAAUCCGUCUGGUGCGGGUGGACGAGGACAGCUUGGAGCUGGUUCGUGACAGCCGGGGGCUCUGUGUGCCAUGCCGCCCUGGGGAGCCAGGGCUUCUGGUGGGUCGUAUCAACCAGCAGGACCCAUUACGACGUUUUGACGGCUACGCUAACCAGGAUGCUACGCGGAAGAAGAUAGCUCAUGAUGUCUUCAAGAAAAAUGAUUCUGCAUAUUUAUCAGGUGAUGUACUGGUGAUGGAUGACAUGGGCUACAUGUACUUCCGUGAUCGUGGCGGAGACACGUUCCGCUGGCGAGGAGAAAAUGUCUCCACCACCGAGGUAGAGGGCGUACUCAGCAGUCUUCUGGGUCAGACUGAUGUGGCUGUGUAUGGCGUGGCAGUGCAAGGUGAUGGUUCAUUUUGUGUGCUUUGGGACUAUAAUUGUGAUUUCUCUUUAAUGCAUUUUGCUUUUGCAUGUACUCACUACUUGACAAGCUUUUAUCUCUGUGUGUCUUGUCAGGUGUGGAGGGUAAGGCGGGCAUGGCAGCCAUUGCAGACACGACAGGGAGUUUUGACUGUAAUAGUUUCUUGCAAAAAGUCCAGCAAGCACUUCCUUCGUAUGCCCGCCCUGUGUUCCUGCGAAUCUCCCCACACGUGGACACCACAGGUACAUUUAAAAUCCAGAAAACCAGGCUGCAGAGGGAGGGAUACGACCCUCGUCUCACCACUGACCAGAUUUACUUUUUGAACACUAGAGCUGCAUGUUAUGAGGCUGUAGACGAGGAGCUGUACAAUGCCAUAGCAGAGGGAAGAAUGUCUCUAUGAGAUGGAGGCUGUAGCAGGGCAGACAUGGUGCCUCAGUGAAAGACACGCUGUAGAGAAAGGAUACGCUGGUGUCAGGUCAGUACGUCUUAAAGCACCACCUGUCUGGAUUUUAACCUUUCAGGGUGAGAGGACUACUUACAUAGGCAGCGUAUUGUUACAGACGAUUUUUAACACUGUAUGAGUAACACACAAAGACUUAAUGUGAGGGCAUUUACUCCCUUUAAUAACAUGUUAUAAUUAUUAAAUGAACACCUCAAGCCUUUGAGCAUCACCGCACAUGCAGUGGGUUUCUCCCACAACCCAACUGAAACAGGAUACAUGUGAAAGUAGUGUUAGGACAGCAAAGGUAGAAUCAGGUCAAGCUGUUACUGGGUAUAUACCCAUUUAUGAAAAGUGCUGCAAGGAUAAUUCUUUGUAGGUUUAAGCAAUACUUGAGUGUGAAGCUAUGAAGUUACUGAUGUUUGUUUGGAUUAAGCUGAAAGACAAGACUUGAACAUGCAAUACAUGUGGCUACUAGAUCAAACACUAACCAUAGAGUCUUAGUUUUAAUGCAAUAGAAAACUAAUCUCACUUGUCAUAUCUGAACCUCCGAAGAACACUGGCACAGGUUUGCAAAUACACGCAAGUUCUUACUGUAUGUGCCUUAUAUGAAACGACGGAUCCGUGUUUCAGUUUUUAAAUGCAUUUCAUGGAAAGGAGCUCAACAGAUUGUGGAAAUCACAGUAGUGAUUUUUUUUUUUUCGUGCAAAGCUGAGUCACACAAAGUGACUGUCGUUUUAUGUACAAACUUAUCAGUGUAGUAAUAUAUGGGUGUUAAAGCUAUAUACAAUUUCAGAUCAAUAUCCAGACAACAAUUCUGUUGAAGCUAACUCAAAUUAAAUAUUUUAAAACA